GGAGUGUAAGAGUCACAGUAGCUUUCAGCAAGGUGUCACACAGUCUGUCAGCAUGCCUGGACCAACACAUGUCAAGCUCAACACCGGGGCUCAGAUGCCCAUCCUGGGACUGGGGACAUGGCGGGCUGAGCCAGGUAAGGUAAAGGCAGCUGUGGAAAAAGCAAUCGAUGUGGGAUACAGACAUGUGGAUGGUGCCUACGUGUAUGAGAAUGAGAAGGAGGUCGGAGAGGGGAUCCACACAAAGCUUAAGGAAAGAGUGGUGAAGAGAGGAGACCUGUUUGUGGUUAGCAAGCUCUGGUGCACUUUCCAUAAGAAGUCUCUGGUGAAGGGAGCCUGCCAAAAAACGCUAUCUGAUCUGAAUCUGGACUACCUGGAUCUUUAUCUAAUGCAUUUUCCAGGAGGUUUCAAGGUUGGCGAUGUAUUGUUUCCCGCUGAUGAUGAAGGCCAGGUCUAUCCAGAUGACUCUCAUUUCCUGGAGACAUGGGAGGGUAUGGAGGAACUGGUGGACGCUGGAUUAGUGAAAGCCAUUGGCAUUUCCAACUUUAAUCACAAGCAGAUAGAAGAACUGCUAAACAAGCCUGGAUUAAAAUACAAACCAGCAGUUAACCAGGUUGAAUGUCACCCUUACCUGACACAAAAGAAGCUUAUUGCUUAUUGCCAAUCCAAAGGUAUCGCUGUAACUGCAUAUAGUCCACUGGGGUCGCCAGACCGUCCAUGGGCCAAGCCAGAAGACCCAUCAUUGCUUGAUGAUCCCAGAAUUAAACAAAUAGCUGACAAGUACAAGAAGUCAUCUGCCCAGGUUCUGAUUCGCUACCAGAUCCAAAGAGAUGUCAUAGUUAUCCCGAAAUCUGUGACCCCUGCCCGCAUUAAGGAAAACUUCCAGGUGUUUGACUUUGAAUUAUUACCAGAAGAAAUGGAGACCAUCAGUGGAUUUGAGUGUGGCUGGAGACUUGGCCAAUUUGCAUUCGCAAAUAAACAUAAGGAUUAUCCGUUCAACAUAGAAUAUUAAGUCAAAUCUUUGGAUUACCUUUGAACACAAGAGCAGAGGUUAUUGCUUUUGUACAAGUUCCUUGCUAGUUUAUGAUCUCUAAAAGCUUUUGGUUUAUAUCUAAAAAUAAAUAAAAUGUUUUUAUGUAAACUGCACUUAAAAUCAAAUGCUGGCUUCAGUUUUUCAAAUUUCAUUUAAAAAAAAACAAAAACAAAAAACAACAACUAAUUAUCCAAUGUGAUGUUAAUCAUUUAAAUCUAGUACCCAAAGUAUUGCAGGUUGGAUAGUAUUCUAUCAAUGUCUGCACUAUUUGAUUUGCAGUCUGCUCUGCAGACACUGGGGAGUCCAGAGAUUGUCAUUGACCAGAUAUACUCCUUUCCCUAAGCAUUUAUUUUAAGGACCAUUUAUAAUAGUUUGUUUCAAACCCCAGGUAAACUUAUCCCUGAAUAUCUGCACAUACAUGAUCCAUGAUAUGUAGUUGUGUCUGAGCUCAGAAGAUGUGCUAUAUUACAGAAUAAGUUGCACCAUCUGAUCAAAAGAAUAUAAUUAAAUAAAUAAUCUAAAAGAUAUCCUGUGAUUUAAACUUUCUAAAUAUUGGUAAUACACUUUUCAAAGUGGCACUUAGAUAAUCAAAGCAUAAAAUCACUUUUCUACUGCAGUGGUGUUUACAAGACGUAAAAAAAACCGUUCCAUAACCA